UACUCAUUUMAUUUAUUAAUUUUUUUUAAAGUUUGAUUAUCCACUUAUCAAUAUGAACUGUAAUAAUUAUUGCAAUAUGUACGGUUAUGAUUAUCAUACGCCUACAGAGUGGCAAUAUAACAGUGAACAAGAAAUCACAGCAGCUGAGGAACAACGAGAGUUGGCCCAAAGGUUGACACUGGAAGCCAAUCGAUUAUUUGGCCAGGUUAAGGACUCCGUAAUGAAAAACAAAUUGGACAUUGAUCACCGGUCUAAAGUCAAAGUCAAAGACUUAGAGUACAAAUGUAAGGAAAUCGAAAAACAGAAAUAUAAUCUGGAUGAAGAGAUCCGUUUACUAUUGGGUUACCAGGUGCGCAUCGAAAAUUCCAAUAAAUUUCUUGUAGGUGACRCUCUUGACGUCAUUGCUGAGUGCCUUAGACUCAGAAACUGUCGUCAAAGUAUAGACUUGGUGUUUGACGAUGUCGAGAGAGAACUAUUGCGGGAACGUGAAUUAAUMUUGGGUAUCAACGAUCAGCUUGAAGAUUUGCAAGAUAAAGUCGUGCUUCAGAUAAGGAAACUGAGAGCAUUCGUUUACAACUUGGCUGUGGAUUUGCGUUGUAAGAAAAACGCGUUAAAAAUUGAAGAACUCAACGAAAAUCUCAAUGAAAACAUUGUCGAAGUAUCAAUUUUGAACAACAAAAACAUAUUCAAACCAGCUACGAUUUCGAUCACAGAAUGGGAUCGAUUCACUUUAGACAUUAUUUCGGCGGCCAAUAAAGUACUAGUGGACGGAAGACCUAUUCGUGCAUUUUUUGACAAGUGUCUAAAUAAAAUAAUCAACGAUCUGGUAUGCCAAUCGGACGCAGUCAACUUAGCGUUUAAGCUGCGAGUGGAAGAAUACCUUGAAGUGAUUGAAAAGUUGAACAAACAAAAAGACGAAUUUCUACAAUUAAGCCAACUAUUAGCGGUGGGCAUAUCCGGAUUUCAAAAAUCCGAAUUAUUUGGAUUUGUCAAAUCUGGAUUUAGUAAAUCCGAAUUACAYGGAUUAUUCAACUUGGUUUUGCUGUUCAAAUACAAAUACUUAGGAAGUACGAUAACUGAGGACGGCCGUAGUACCAGGGAGAUCAUAAGCAGCAUAAACCAGGCUAAAUGUGCAUUUCAGAGCAAGAAAAAUAUGUUUAUAUCUAGAAAUAUUGACAUAAAAGUAAGGAAAAACUUACUUAAGGCUUAUGUUUGGAGCGUAGCACUGUAUGGAAAACACAUAACAAAUGAAGAAGUUUAUCGAAGAGUCGGAGAAACAAGAAGCUUUCUGAAGACCUUAAAAACAAGAAGAGCCAAGUUAAUUGGACACAUACUGCGUCAAAACAGUCUACUUAGCAGGAUAAUAGAAGGUGCCAUUGAAGAGAACAAUAGUAGAAGGCGACCGCYACUGGACUAMAUUAGUCAAAUAGUAAGAGAUAUGGACUGCAGAUCUUAUUGGGAAUUGAAAAGGAAAGCGGAGAAGCGUCAGGAGUGGAGAAUUGCUGCCAACCAGCCCUUGGGCUGUUAA